AUGCGAAAUCGUAAUGCUGAAGACAGUACCAGUGAGGAUAUUCUUAUUGUGAAGUUGAGAAAAGGCCAAGAAGUCGAUAUCAAAUGUAUCGCCAAAAAGGGAUUUGGCAAGGAGCAUGCGAAGUGGAAUCCAACAUGUGGCGUAGCGUUUGAAUACGAUCCAGACAAUGCGCUCAGACAUACAGUUCUGGCAAAGCCCGAAGAAUGGCCGAAAAGUGAGUACUCGCAGUUGGAAGAAGAUGAAUACGAGGCGCCGUUUGAUCCACUUGCGAAACCAAACAAAUUUUGGUUCACAGUUGAAUCAACCGGAGCGCUGAAGGCAGAAAACAUCAUUUUGAGUGGCAUCACGGUGCUGAAGAAGAAAUUAGCUGAUAUCCAAAACCAGCUGCAAAGGGAGUUGUUGCAGCAAGGUCACGUAUAUCACUGA